AUGGAAGAAAUUAGAGAGAGUCAAAAAUCAUAUUUGGGAUUGAUCGACCGGCUAGCGUUGAUCAAUCAAGGUAAAGAGGUGGACUUCAAAAUUGAUGAAAAUGGUGUUAUGAGGUUUAGAGGUAAAGUUUGCGUACCAGAUUUUCCAGAGCUUAAGAAGAAGAUUCUUGAAGAGGGUCAUAGAAGUGGGUUGAAUAUUCAUCCUAGUGCUACAAAUAUGUAUCAGGACCUUAAGAAGAUGUUUUGGUGCUCAAGUGUGAAGAAGGAUGUUGUUGAGUUCGCUCAUUUUCUUCCGAUAAAGAUCAAUUAUCAAUUACAGAAGUUAGUGGAGGUUUACAUCAAAGAGAUUGUGAAGUUGCAUGGUAUUCCUUCGAGUAUUGUGGCAGAUAGAGAUCUGAGGUUUACGUCAAGUAUUAGAAUGGAACUGUAUCAGGCUUUGUAUGGAAUGAAGUGUCAGACUCUUCUGUGUUGGUAUGAAUCAGGUGAGAGUGCAGUGCUUGGAUCUGAGAUUUCUUAG